CGAUACGGAUCGACCGUAAAUGCUCUCGAACCACCGGCAGAAGCGGGCUCCCCGAAGAAGAAGAUUACGACGAUCCCUUUGGCUCUCGGACCGGACGACGGUUGACGGAGGCGACACCAUUUCGCGGCGGCGGUUAGGAUAAAUCAAGGAUCAGGCAUAGAGUGGUUAUAUCGAGAGGGUUCGAGUCGAACGCGGCAAUCAAGUGGCUUGACCAAUCCAGUGGAAAUCUAAGAAAAGAUUUCCACCCUCCCGUAGUGCAAACAUUAGAAAAGCGGUUUCCGACUUUUUUUUCGUUUCGUUUGGAUUCGCGUGGGAAUGUGGCUGUAAUGUGAUUGUGAAAACGCAUCGGAAUUCAAGUUGAGACACGGUGACGGUGAGAUAAGUGAUAGUGGGAAAUUGUGAAAAACUGUGGCCGGAAAUUAAAAUAUUUCUCCUCCCGGGCCCGGAGGUUUUGUUCUGUUGAAACAAGUGUCGAACGAAGCGUAGAAGUGCAGAAGGAGUUUCAACGCGCGCGCCAACUGUAGCCGUAGCAAAAGAUCCCACCCACUCCAGUUCCUAAGACCAAAGUUCCCCACCAUGCGUCCAAGCACAACUCCAAUGGUCCUCCUGAGUUACCUGGCCUUCGUCCUCUGCCUGGCCUGCGUGGCGUACGGAUCGUCUGCCCUCGGUUCCAGCUCGGGGUCAUCGGACCAAUCGCUGUUUGGCGGUGGUGCCGGAGGAGGGGGCGGCAGUGCCAGUGCAGAGUCCGAUAUCGGAGACGACCGGGGUCAACGGGAAAUCUCGCAGGCCACCUUCCAGCACAUGUUGGCCGUUCGGUCGCCCAAGUACAACUUUGGACUCGGCAAGCGAAGAUACAUCAUCGAAGAUGUUCCCGGAGCGAAGCGAUUGCCCCAUUAUAACUUUGGACUGGGCAAGCGUGCCAGGAACAAUCUGUUGGAGUACGAUGACGAUAGUGCACCCAGUUGGAGCGAAGACUAUUCUUCAUUGAUCCCGAGAGAUGGCCUGGACUACGAUGGCGACAAGGACAAAUCGGCGGAGAAACGUGCGUCUGCUUACCGAUACCAUUUCGGUCUGGGCAAAAGGCGAGUAUACGACUUCGGGCUUGGCAAGCGUGUAUACGAAGACAAACGGCUUCCCAACCGAUACAACUUCGGCCUCGGCAAACGUUAAUGCAAGCAAAUGAUGCAACAUCCAGCAGCGCCCUACCAAAAGUCGUACCGGAAUUCACUGGACCUGAUGAAUUUGGACCUUAGCCAGUUUUACGCUCAGCAAUUGAACUCGAGUAAAGGACAAGACGAAGAAUGAGUGCAUACCUUUAACCACAUCGACACAACGCAAGAUUUCAUUCCACAGUAUGAUUAUGCCCCCCAAAACAUCUAUCUAGUCCACUUGGAACUGAUUGUUUCGUUUGAUUUGAGUUUCCUAUUGAACGUCAUCUGCAAUCUGCGAACGAACAUGUGUGAACUAUACGACAACAAUAUUGUAAUCCAUCGUAUACCAGUGCUACUUAACCAGCAACAAUUGUUAAAAUACCAACUACCGAAAAGGAGACGUGUGCUAAUGUGCCAAAAAUCACAAAUAAAUAUGAAAAGCUAAACUCAAUGUGUGUAUAAUAUUGUUAUAAGGAAAAAUAAAUAAUAUGAUUUACAAAAACCCAGUGAAGAAAUCUGAUAGUCGAUUUUCUGUGAACUUUGCUGACAGAGACAUGGAGAGCAUAAACCAGUCGGAGGAGAGUCACAUCAAGCAUAACCCAUUGUACAUCAACGCUUUGAUCUAUUCGUUAUAGUAGAGAGCCCUACUGUAAAUAUGGUAUUACCAGAAGAAAAAAAAGUCACCGAAACCUAAAUCCACGUUACCUAAUUUGUUGCAUGAUAGCAGGAUCCUCUUGAAGAAUAAAAUCCCAGCCGCGUGACACGAAAUUCGUUCAACACUUUCAUCUUUCCACUCGGCCCGUAAUGUGUGCGUGUAUAAAAAGGAGGAAGAAGUUGUCAGAGGAAAACUUAAAUCGCAAUCAAAAUAACCUAUGGAAUCGAAUUCAAACUGGGCAGCUGGACAUUCUAAUGGUUAGCCCACUAGAUACAACUGUUCAUGCAAAUAAAGGAAUGAAAAAUGUUUUACAAAACCGUAUUUUAAAUAAGCAAACACUAUGUUAUGACCACCUAAGAGAUUAUUACCAAUAAAACAAAAUCGCAUUUUGAAUAAAUGUAUACACAAGCAAAACAAACAACAAACUAUGCAUCAAUUAUUAUUGAGAGCUAUCAUAGCGGAACUCUAUAUUGUAACAUAAUGAGCAACCAAUCGAAACCGAUUGGAGGGAAUAAAUCUGAACCGGAUGCCAUGGCAGGCAACUUAAGUGA